AUGUCCACUUCCACUGCCGCCUCCGCCUCCUCCUCCUCCAGUUCCUCCCAGACCCCGCACCCCCCGCCGCCGCAGAGGAUGCGGCGCAGCGCCGCCGGCUCCCCGCCCGCCGCCGCGGGGAGUGGGAACGGUGCGGGGGGCGGCGGCGGGGGCUGCGCCGCGGCUGCGGGCGCCGGGCGGCUGCUGCAGCCCAUCCGCGCCACCGUCCCCUACCAGCUCCUGCGGGGCAGCCAGCACAGCCCCACGCGCCCGCCCGCCGCCGCCGCCGCCGCCGCCUCGCUGGGCAGCCUCCCGGGGCCCGGCGCGGCCCGCGGCCCCAGCCCGCCCAGCCCGACGCCGCCGCCGCCGCCGCCGGCCGCCGGGGCCCCCAUCGAGCCGGCGCCGCGAGCCAAGGGCCGCCCGAGACGGUCCCCGGAGAGCCACCGGAGGAGCAGCUCACCUGAGAGGAGGAGCCCGGGCUCGCCCGCGUGCAGAGUGGACAGACCAAAAUCUCAGCAAGUUCGAACCUCUAGUACAAUAAGGCGAACCUCUUCUUUGGAUACGAUAACAGGACCUUAUCUCACAGGACAGUGGCCACGGGAUCCUCAUGUUCAUUAUCCUUCAUGUAUGAAAGAUAAAGCUACUCAGACACCUAGCUGUUGGGCAGAAGAGGGAGCAGAAGAGAGGUCACAUCAGCGUUCUGCGUCAUGGGGGAGUGCUGAUCAACUGAAAGAGAUUGCCAAACUGCGGCAGCAACUACAACGUAGUAAACAGAGUAGCCGGCACAAUAAGGAGAAAGAUCGUCAGUCACCUCUCCAUGGCAACCACAUAGCCAUCAGUCACACUCAGGCUUCUGGAUCAAGAUCAGUCCCUAUGCCACUGUCAAAUAUAUCAGUGCCAAAAUCAGUUGUUUCACGUGUGCCCUGCAAUGUAGAGGGAAUAAGUCCUGAGUUAGAAAAGGUAUUCAUUAAGGAAAAUAAUGGGAAGGAGGAUGUGUCCAAGCCUUUGGACAUCCCCGACGGCCGAAGAGCUCCACUCCCUGCUCACUACCGGAGCAGCAGCACACGAAGCAUCGACACUCAGACCCCCUCUGUCCAGGAGCGCAGCAGCAGCUGCAGCAGCCACUCGCCCUGUGUCUCCCCUUUCUGUCCCCCGGAAUCUCAGGACGGUAGCCCUUGCUCAACAGAAGAUUUACUCUAUGAUCGUGAUAAAGACAGUGGGAGUAGCUCACCGUUACCCAAGUAUGCUUCAUCUCCCAAACCAAACAACAGCUACAUGUUCAAACGGGAGCCCCCCGAGGGAUGUGAGCGAGUGAAGGUCUUUGAGGAAAUGGCGUCUCGUCAGCCUCUCUCAGUCCCUCUCUUUUCAUGUCCUGACAAAAACAAGGUUAAUUUCAUCCCAACGGGAUCAGCUUUCUGUCCUGUAAAACUCCUGGGCCCUCUCUUACCCGCCUCUGACCUGAUGCUCAAGAACUCUCCCAGCUCUGCCCAGAACCCAGGCCUGGCCACCCUGACCAUGGAGCAGCUCUCCUCCCGGGUCUCCUUCACGUCUCUCUCCGAUGACACCAGCACGGGCUCCACGGAGGCCUCCUCCGUCCUGCAGCCAUCCCCGCAGCCCCCGCAGCUGCUGCAGGACCUGCAGGGCGAGGAGCACGUCUCUGCGCAGAAUUACGUGGUCAUCUAA